GGGGGCGAUGGACCAGGCAACGGGGGCCGAAGCUCCAAGCUCCGUCGCAUCCCGAGCGAGCCGGUUCGUCUCCCGCCGGAUUUAGUUCCCCAAUUGACCGCACUCCGCGGCCCGCCGACAGCGUGGUCGUCAGUGUGUCAGUCCUGCUAUCGCGUCUCGUGUUGCGUGACCUCUUUACGCCGAGAUUUCAGUUAUCACGUGGAUUCGAACUUAACUGGAUACCGGUAUUCGUUGAUUCAUCGAGUGUUUGACAUGGAGCUUCUGGAUAAUUUGUUCAAAUGGCGCCCGGCCGCAGAGAUCACACCGAAGAACGAUUGGGGCUCGUUCCAGGUCGAGAAUAAGCAACUCGACAAGAAUGUCGGCAUCAAAAUCCAGACCAUCACGCCCGACCAGAUCGAAAACGCCAUCGGAUUUUUGACGCAGUGGUUCCUCCAGCUGGAGCCGUCGUCCAGAGCCGCUGGAAUCUUAGAGGACGAAAUUUCUACGCAGAUUUGGCAAGGUGUAUGGUUAAAAACUUUUGAGCAGGGUGCAAGCAUAAUCGCAGUCACUGAUGAAGAAACUCCAACCAUUGUUGGAGCUCUUGCUUUGUGUGUGGUGUCGAAAGCUGACGAUUUAAAGGAAGAACUUCCAGGAGAGGCUGUAAUGAGACAAAAAACACUACUAGGUGCUUUUGAUGAGAAAAUAGAUAAGUACAAAAUUUAUGACACCGAGUAUUUCAUCCAAGACUGGGGUCUCUGCACAAAUCCUGAAUGGCAACGCUGUGGGAUCGCAACUCAACUUUUAAGCAAAAUUCCUCUAAUCGGCCAACAUUACAAAGUUCCAGCUGCCUUGCUCAUAUUUACUUCAAAAAAAUCUCAGAGUCUGGCUCUGAAAGCAGGUUUCAGAGAGUAUGCCUCAGUGGCUUAUGACGAUAUUAAAGACGAAACAGGCAAGGUUAUACUACAGGUUCCUGGAAAUGAGAGUGCUAAACUAAUGGGUUUGAAGAUAUUUUGAUAAUAAAAGAGAUUUUCGAAAAAAAAAAAA